CACCCCACCCCGUUACCCCAACAAAAAGGACAAUUCCAUAUCCGUCUAACGACGGGCGAUUCUCAUUGGUAUAUCAUGCACGUCCUCCCCAACGAGACUGAGACUCCCUCACCGGCUGCCCUCCUGCAGGUGCUUUCCCUACCCGUUCUACAUGAUCGUUGCUUGCAUUCUUUGCCCUUGCAUCGAUCUUCCCUCAUUGGCUCGACCGUACAACGAUGUCAGAUCCGUCACCUUCAUGGAGGCGGAAGCCGCAUUUGGCGUUCUUAUGGAGGUGUAAGCUGCUUUUGGCGUUAUUAUGGAGGCGGAAGCUGCUUUUGGCGUCCUUACUGGCUUCCUAUCUCGCUCUUAUUGCCACUUCCUUCGUCUACUGGCUGGUGGACGAGCGAAAUCAAGGAACUCAGUUAUCCUGGAAGCUGUGUUGGUUACCUGGGUUCUGUGCUGAAGUCUUGAUGCUGUGGAAAAUCUGGUUCGGAUUCUGGAGACCGCAAGAGUUACUAUACCGUGUUCUGCUUGUGCUCCUCACUUCAAUCGUUACCUCUUGCCCACUCGUAGGCGUUGGCCUCAUGUUUUGGUAUGAAGGAAAGGGGCGACUUGUUGCUUUCAUCGGAGGCACCGCAUUCCACGCAUGUGUGGCGGUUGCAGCAACAAUCAUCCUUGGUUGCAGCGUCGAAACUAGGCAUCGGAGGUUCAUAUGCACUGCAAUCGCUUACGGACUCGCAACCCUGGUCGGCAUAGUCCUCCUCGGUUGUUUCUGGGGUGAAAGGGAUGGCGACAAGCUCCCUUUGUCACACUGUGGCCUGGAAUGUGGGCUAACCUUAGCUCUUGUUCUGUCCCAGACGAUGAGCGGCGAAAGUGCGGCCUUGAAUGACGACGAUGAGAUCUUUCCUGGAGCGCAUUGGAUACUGGACCCGCAACAGGCCAUCGAAAACAAUGAGGGAAGCCGAUUGGAUCUUUCAUGUCGAGGAAACUAGAAAUACCACCAUCGAGACCACCCAUGCGAGCCAACCGACGCUGCUCCCAACGCCUCCACCAUCACAUCUACAUUAUAGAGCGAUAUAUGAUAUCUCGGAAUCUAUGAAGAGUGUGCCUGCAGGAGUGUUAGUCAAAUUAGACUCGGGAAAGUUCACACUAGCAAGAGAAGGAACACUCACGAAGAUGGCUACAUAGUUGCUACGUUCUUGUCGCGGGCAAAUGCUAGAGCUGGGAUCUCAGUGAGGUCGUUGGAACGGCAACUCC